GUUACUAAGGGUAGGCAAAGUAUUCCUCCCUCUGCUGUAGUAGGCCUUGGCUGUGUAGGCAGGCAGUGUACACAAAACAUGGUGCUCCUCCUCAUGGGUGUGUCCAACACAGAGGGGCUUUCGCUACUGGUGGAUGUUUCUCCUGGUAACUAGCAACAACUGUUACCAACACACAGGACACAUGAAAAUCGGACUUCAUCUGAAUAUCGAAAAACUGCUUUAUAACACCUGUGAAUAGAGCUAUGAAUUAGCUGAAUUCAAACAUCAUGGAAUGACAUCUUCUCAAAUGUGGAGUUAGGGCUAUGUGAAAACCAGUGUCUUGGAUACACAAUGGAUAAAGAGUGUUCCUGCAGAUGUUGAAGCAUAGUUGGCUGCUAGACUUAUGAUCUUAAAGAGACUGCAAACUAAAGAGCCCAAGGAGAUUGAGCUAGAAUGUCUGGAGCAGGGCAUCUUCAUCUAUCUGAAUGGGGCUAAUGCUAACGCUAGCAAGCAGACCAAGAGACCCAACCAGAAGUCUGUCACUUUGCCACCGCCCACUCUGAGAGCUACACACACGGCUGAUGCCUCCAGAAGGGGUUCACAGCUAGCAGAGGAGGAAAUCCGCAAUCUGGAGGUGAACAGCAGGAAGAGGAGUCUCAUUGGCCCGGGAAAAGUGCAGAGGAGAGAAUGGGUUCAGAACUCGAUCAACAUUAGAACAGAACAAGGACCCUGUUUGCGGAUAUCUCCAGAGAGACGGUACUCUGAAGACUUUGAACCCUACGACAGCAGAGAGAUGGAGCGGUCGAGUCCACGCUCUCCUCAUAGUCCCCACUCCCCGCAAGAUUCCUGUAAGGUGUCACGUUCGUUUGGCUCCAGGGCUGAUGGCCGAGGAGGUAGCCAGGCAGAGCCUGAACAUCAAAGCGAACGGGUCCUACUCAACAUCGACGAGGUCAAGGUGCUUCGACGGAGCCUGGAGGCGAGCUUGCGGAGGAGCAGCGGUAGCCGCGGAUCGGCGGGGGAGGAGUCGGACGAGGAGUGGGUAGAGGAGCAGAUCGAGAGGGAGGAGAGCACGGAGAGCCUGGAAGAGCUGGGUCUGCCUCCUUCCUCCUCCAACAAAACAUCUACUCACACAAACCAUCCGCGAGCCACUGGGCCCAAAGGCUGCCUUCACGACCCUGCAGAUCUCAUAGUGCUGGACUUUGGGCCUUCUCCUAAAGGCCGUAAGAUCGAGCGUUCGCUGUCGGCCAAGAGGAAUGACAACCUGGAGGCCUACAUCCCCACCAAGCCUCUGCUGGUAAAGAGCAAAACUCUGGACAGGCCCUCUUCAAAGGAGUGCAGGGAUGGCAGAGAUACUCAACGGCCGAGGAGUCGUGUAGAGCGUCCCCUGUCUGCAGCAAGGAAGGCCUCCCAAGAGGAGCGCGACUCGGAGGAGACAGCGUGCAGGGUGCUCCAGGCCCUGCAGAGAGAGAACAGCCCAUUGCAGAGCCCCAAGCCCAGGGCCUUCAGCCGCACCCCGGUGAGAGGAUACCAGAUGAUGAACGGCUCGCUGCGUGACGACGAUGGCGACAUAGAUGAAAGUGGGGUGACCAGAGCCAUGCAGAGAGUCACCCUCAUGGGUCCCAGGCAACAGCAGAAACUACUAAAGGCGUUGGAGAAACUGGAGGUAGGCACGAACUUUGACAUCCCUCAGACAGCGAAGACGGAUAAUAGCAAACCACCGUAUAGGCGGGUCUCGGUGGAGGCACCACCCACCGUGUACAUCACCAUGGAGAUCCUGAGUAACUGGGGGAACAGGGGCCAGGUGGGGCUGACGGAGAUGCAGUUCUUCGGCCCAGGGAACAGGAAGCUGUAUGUGUCGCCGCAUGACCUGGACAUCCGGAAUGCCGACUCCCCUGGGAACCUCGGAGCGCUAGUCAACGGGAAAGCUAAGACCACAAAGGAGCGUCAUAUGUGGACCUGUCCUUUCCAUCUUCCGGUCCAACUCUACUUCAUCAUCAGGAACACGGAGCGCUCUCCGGACUUUGGGAUAUCCGAGAUCAAGAUCUGGAACUACAACAGGAGCCUCAAUGACCUGGACGUUGGUGCCCGGCAUGUGAAUCUUUACCUCAACAGCACGCUGGUGUUCGAAGGCGAGCUGGACAAGGGAUGUGGCAACCAGAUCUUCGAUUACAGCACCAGCAUCGACCUCCAGGCACUCCAAGUCCCAGAAUCCUUCUCUCCCAGCCCCGUGGCGUCCGGACACAGUCUGCGGGGUGCCAGCCCACAGUGCCAUGACGAGAGGAGCGUGGGGGGGAACAGCGAAGGGCAGCAUCGAGACCCCAACCCCAACCAUGGACUCUCUGAGGGGCUAGCCCAGUUCAGGAUAGACAUGCAGGAUAAAACCUACAACCCUCUCCCACCCACAUCUACAAACCGCCCCCCCCUACAGAGGGACUCCUUUAACAUGGACCCUCCGGACCUGGACCUCCCCCACCCCCCUCUGAAAGAGCAGCUGGAGCAGUCAGGUCAACCCACAGAGUGCACAGUCACCACCCAGCCUUCCUCCUCCAGGACUCCCCAGUGGCUACAACCCCUGGCCCGAAGCGCCCCCGAGGGCUGCGAUGCCGGAAGGGAGAGGCCCCUCUGGCUAGUGCCCCAGCAGUCUGUGGAGCCCAAACCUCCCCUCCCCCAAUCCACCUCCACCUCGGUGCUCCCGGAGCUGGGCUGUAACCCGGGAAGGGUGUGUCGGGGGGUGGAGAGGACUGUGAACGAGGGCCAGUGGAGUGCAGACUCUCUGGACCUGGGAGGUGACCUGCUGGAGGAGCUGAGUGACCAGCAGCGCCAGGACCGGCCUGUUAGUGGACGUAGGAGCUCAGCCAACAACAACAACACUAGUAGCAGAAAACCAGCAGAGGAGGACAAGCAUGGAGCAAUUGGACUGACCACAGAGGAGCCAAGUUCAGUGUCAGACAGCAGCAACAAGAGGCAGCGUCAUACCCGCCAGGCCACGCUCCACAGCCAGCAGGACCAGGAUGACACCCUCAUGGAGUCCUGGGACUCCCUCACAAAGUUCAACCAGUGCCAGCGUGGUCGCAUCUCCAACAUGGGCUUCGAGGGCGACAUCUUUGACGAGUUCCUCCAGCGUUCCUCCAGAGCCGCCACUAUCACCACAAUCCCCUCCUCCGACCCAGGAGGCCCCCCCUGCAGCCCCUUCCCCUCCUCCUCCCACCUCUCUUCCCCCGCCCCUCAAGGGGGCCUCUGCGAUGACCCGGAGGAUGACCUUUCCACCGAGCCGGAGCGCGAGGAGGAGUUUGAGAUUCCGGUCCUCCCACGUGGUCAACAUCUGGUCAUUAACAUCCUGUCCACGUGGGGCGACCGCCACUACGUGGGACUCAACGGUCUCGAAGUCUUCAGCUCCAGCGGUCAGCCCCUCCGGCCCGCCCGCAUCCGUGCCGACCCUCCCGAUAUUAACGUGCUGCCCGCCUACGACAAAGACCCGCGCAUUGUCGCCAACCUGAUCGACGGAAUCAACCGCACACAGGACGACAUGCACCUGUGGCUGGCGCCGUUCACCCAGGGGAUGAGUCACGUGAUCUACCUGGAGUUCGCUGGGCCAUGUCAGGUGGCCAUGAUAAGAGUGUGGAACUACAACAAGUCCAGGAUCCACUCGUUCAGGGGGGUGAAGGAGGCUGAGAUGCUGCUGGACGGGAGGUGUAUCUUCAGGGGAGAGAUCGCCAAGGCGUCAGGGACUCUGUCUGGAGGUCUGGACCAAUUCGGGGACACCAUCUUGUUCACCAUGGACGAUGAGAUCCUGGAGGCUAUGUCGCGCUACGACGAGACGUUCUUUGGGGAGGCGGAGUGCUUCGAGGGACUGAUGGGGUAUGAGGAGGAGCUGCAGAGGCCCAGCACGGCCGACGGAGAGGGGGAGGACAGACCCUUCACACAGGCUGGCUUCAGACCCGAGGACGACCUCGCUUUAAAACUUCAUCUGAACGCUAUUGAUGGUCAGUCUGAGGAGACCCUGGAGCAGAUCCCAGGAAUGUACAAUGGAAAGUGCCUUAGGAUAGAGUUGAGUAUGACGUGGGGGGACUCCCACUACCUGGGCCUGACAGGGUUAGAGGUGUUGGGGAAGGAGGGGGACAGCCUGCCUCUGGACCUUACCAUGGUGGAUGCCUCGCCACGGGACCUCAAUGACCUGCCUGAGUACGGCCAGGACACACGCACCCUCGACAAACUCAUUGACGGCCACAACAUCACCACUGAGGACCAGCACAUGUGGCUGAUUCCAUUCUCCUUUGGCCAGCACCACACCCUGAUGGUGAACUUUGACAAGGCCCAGACGGUGGCUGGCCUCCGCAUCUGGAACUACAACAAGACCCCAGAGGACUCCUACAGAGGGGUGAAGGUGAUCCAUGUGUCUCUGGACAAUAUGCUCAUCUCUCCAGCAGAGGGCUUCCUCAUCAGGAAGGGACCAGGGAACUGUCACUUUGACUUUGCUCAGGAGAUCCUCUUCAUUGACCUCCUCCAGACCCCCACCACAGGCCUGGUCAACAGCAAGAGGACAGCAGAGGACUCGGCCUACACACUCAAGGCUGGCUCCAGAAGACAGGAGCAAGCCAGCAUGGACUACGAGGCCCCCAUCAUGCCUUGUGGAUUCAUCUUCCAGCUGCAGCUGCUGACCACCUGGGGUGACCCCUACUACAUCGGCAUGAACGGCCUGGAGUUCUAUGACCAAAACAACGAGAAGAUACUCCUCAGUGACAACAAUAUCGCUGCGUUCCCAGACAGUGUGAAUGUCCUGGACAGUGUGAACGGUGAUGUAAGGACUCCAGAUAAGCUGGUAGAUGGAGUGAACAACACUCAUGAUGGCAGACACAUGUGGCUAGCACCGGUGCUCCCCGGACUGGUGAAUCGCGUGUAUCUCAUAUUUGACCAGCCAGUGACCGUGUCCAUGAUCAAACUGUGGAACUACUCCAAGACACCACAGAGGGGGGUAAAGGAGUUUGGGCUGCUAGUGGAUGACCUCCUGGUGUAUAAUGGCAUCUUGGACAGUGUGAGCCAGGCGGCGCGGGGCAUCCUUCCCACCUGUGACCCGGUGGUGCCCUACCACACCAUCCUCUUCACCGACAACGCCCACAUUGCCCACCGUGAAAGGAACACUGUCAUCAGCCCCCGAGGUGGUAGCAGACAUCACGAUCUGAAACACAAUUAUGUGGAGGACCAAGAUGUGAAGAUGACCAAUGAGAAUCAGAUAGUCCAUCACAACAACAAGAAACAAACAGUUGAUCCAGCGCUUCGUCCUAAAACCUGCAUGACGGACACUGGGAAGCUCGGGAAAAGGAGGUACUGACAGACGGACUGACAGGCAGAUGAUCGGACAGACGGACGUCGAUGGAGUCCCACUGGUCAAAUGGAGGGAACAGAAAUGAAAGGAUGAUGGUUUACUGACUGUAUCUGCACUAUCCCACUCGGGGGACUUUUAACACAAAGCCUUGACCAGCUGAAAAGAAACACAUUUCCAUUGCCCUCCAUUAGUAAUUACACUGUAGGGAAGUGUUGCCUAGUGAUACUUUAGAAGAGGACAGAGCUUGUACAGAACACAUUAGGUUUGUAUCCAUCUGCCCACAGGAUCAGCCUUCCUUUUUCUGGUUGGAUUGGUUUUCUUGUCACUCUUUCUCUCUAGACUCCUACAGAUGUAUAGUACAUGUGUAGUAACAACAUCAGAUAUAUAGUACUUGUGUAGUACUACAACAGAUGUAUAGUACCUGUGUAGUACUAACGUUGCAUCAGAUUAAUAGUACCUGUGUAGUAUUACUACAUCACAUAAUACCUGUGUAGUACUACAUCAGAUGAAUAGUACUGUACCUGUGUAGUACUACGUCAGUACUACAUCACAUGUAUAGAACCUUUGUAGUAGCUCCUGUUUUGAUUGUCCUUUUCACAAUGUCAGGGUGAACCUAUAUAAGGCUGCUAUAUCAGCCAUCUUUGUGCCUAGUUCUAUUACUACUCCUAUCUGUCGCUGCUUUUCGUGAAGUUGUGCUGCAUUCUCCUGCUGCUCCUGAUGCACAGAUACUCAAAGAUGAACUCAGUGGCAACAAGUACACUCUUAGUAGAUGGGAUCUAGAUCCUACAUUUAUGAAUGAGUUGUGUUCAUGAAAAGCCUAGUGGGCUAUAAGUUUGAUAGCCCCUAGCCUAGUGGCAUAACACAUGACAAUUUAGUAAUGCACCUGCAAUGUGCACCAACACAUAUGAACGCUAUGCAGUAAACCAGUUAAGAUUUUUUCACGUC